AUGGAUGAGGUAAGACCAAUAACAAGAAAAAGAGGUCAACGUGGUAUUGCUGCAUUCAAGAAAAAUUAUCGACCUGAAGAGUAUAAUGUUAAGUUCAAUGAGAAUAAUAUCCCAAAUGGUGGCAUGUCAACCCAAUUUAUGUCUUGUUUUGGCAUUAAUGUUCAACAAAGGUUUCCGAUAGAUGAAGAUCCGGGUAAAGUUAAAGAUAAAUAUUUUGAAGAUUUAUGGUUGGAAGCUAAGAAGCAAUGGAAUAUCGAGUCUGAUGACAUGAAAGAUUAUAUGAAGAGGAGAGCUGUUAAACUUGCAUCAAAUUUUAAAUCAAGGCUAGUUUCAAAAUUUGUAAAUAAUGAAUUAGAUGCAUGUGCUGCAUAUACCUUUAUACCUCGCGAUGUUUGGGAUAGAUUCGUUACACAAAAAAACUACCCCUGA